UAAUAACAUGUGAUAUAUAUAACAAAGGUGUUGGGUUUUUACAUACCUUAGAUUUUCUUCUUCACCAUCACAACCUCUUGUUUUCUCUCUCUCGAAACCCUAAUUCUGGAUCUUCCUUUACUCCUCUAUCUCUACCUUCCUUCACCAUCAUCAACAGGAUCAGGAAUUAAAGUUGUGGAAUCGGAAAUGGAAGGGUUUGUUUGUUAAGGAUCUUGUAGGUUUGUUUAAAUUUUGAUUUCGUCGAAGAUGCGGAGUUGGGAAAAGUUGGAUCGUUGUGCUGUUGAUAUGAUUGUUAAUGGAAUCGCAAUUUAAUUCAUGUGAAUGAUAUAAAUUUUGUUUGUGAGUAUUGAAUUGAAUUUAUUGGGGGAGGAUGGAGAACGCGUGCGAUGUGAAUCAGUUGGAUGCUGAUGUUCUUUUGCCACCUCGGAAACGGCUUCUUGCUGGACUUAAAAAACAGAGUUCAGAAAGUGAUGCUACUGCGUCACCGUCACCGGUUGCUGCUUCUUGUGUUACAGAUGUUGCUUCCCCUUCAUCUGCGUCCUUUUCAAGUGAAUUUGAAGCUCGGCUUAAGCAUUUGCUGAAUUGUCAUUCAAAUAACCCUAACCUUACGCCUGAGGAGGUCGCGGAGGCUUCGAGAAAAGCAGCGGUUACUGCAACUAAGGCUGCCGAGGCAGCAAGAACUGCAGCUGAAGAAAAAGCUGCGAUAGCAGCGAAGGCGGUUACUAAGGCCAAGAGUGCUUUAGAUUUGGUUGCUUCGUUUUCCGAGGAUGCAAUCGUCAACAAGGAAAGGAAUCUGAAAAAGAACAAGUCAAAGAAGCAUGUGCCAGUUCAGCUGUUGUACAAAAAAAACAAACCGAUUGAAAAUUGUAGGAAAGAUGAAGAGUUAGCUCGAAAGUUACACCGAGCCAUGAAUAGUUCUCCGAGAAUCUCUAAGAACUCUCCGAAAUCUGACUCAAAAGGUAGUCGAUCGAAGAGGCCUAGAAGCUCUUCGAGUUUUGAAAUAACCGAAGGCUCCGAAUGUGGCAUGGCGGUUGGACAAGAUUGUUUAUCUUUAAACAACAACGGCCAAGCAGUUGUCGGAAAGAUUGACUCCGAAGGAUCCAACCAAGAGGUAUGCUCUAGUAAGAAAGAUAAGAAGAAUGUAAUCAAAUUCGAUAGGUCUAGCCAAAUGGAGAUAGAUAACGGGGAAGCAGAGUCGAGCCACUCAAAACCGAAAAACUGUGAAGACUCACAUUCACCUUCCAUCAUAGGUAAGAAGAGGGGAAGAACAAAGCUAAAAAAGUUACCCUUAAGCAUCUGCACCUCGAAAGAUAAAGCACAGCCGAGGGAAGAAAUAAAAGUCAGAAGAAGUUCUUCAUUGACCGAACUGAACAAAGACAAUCAGCAUGUUCAUACUAUACCCGUGUUUCCGGUGGAGUCAUCGACUGACCGAAUGACGCCGAUCGAAGCUACAUCAACAUGGAAAUGCCAGGACUUCAAGGUACCGGCUUGUAUCAAACAAAAUAAAGCCGUGCAGUCGUAAUAAUAUUCAUAUACAACAACACUACAUUGGGGUGAUGACUGUGUGCAACUGUGAUAGAAGAUAUUGAUAGCUGAGGUAGGAACCACGAUGCUUCUUUUUUGUUUUACAAUAUGUCAUUUAUCAUCUUUUUUUUUUUGUAAAAUCUUAUGUUUUGUAAUGAAUUUGCACUGAUUACAUGUAAAUUUAGAUAUAAGGGCUUGCAUCUUUAUUUGACAGGAAAGGUUGAGUUUUAGGUAGGAGUAUGUAUGAGUUGAAUUGAACAGCCUUUUCAUUGUGCUGCUGCAUAUUUCUAUUCCUCAUUUGUUAUCAGAAUAAAAGGUGAAAGUGUGUUGGUCUUA